UGGAUAUUGUAACAAAAUUCAAUUUAUCUUUAUUGUUCACUUUCUAUUUGUUGAAUUUGUUGAUAUUAGUAUGGCCACGCAGGCUCCAAUUUUAACAGAUACCGAAGGCGAGACCACGGUGGAGCUGGAGGAGUCUAUGGUCAAUCCAGCCUCACAUGCAACAAACGCCACCAAAAGCAUUUUCAAUAUAACAUUAAACGAUGAGCUGGAUCAUCAAAGAAGUCUUGAAAUCAAAAGUUAUGAGAUACGCCUCAAGGAGGAAAUAAAGCAGUGGAGUACACUUUGGCGCGAUUCAAUUCAACAACUGAAGAACUUCAAACUAAAAUCGCAUCCUGUCAUUGAUAUUUCUGUUUUGUCAGCAGAUAAACGCGCCUACUUAGAAAAGGCUCCAGAUUUACAACGGUUUCUAAGUGAUUCAAUUGACUUUCGGCAAAAGGCUUAUAUCUUUCUAGAAAAAGACUAUGCUGAAUUUCAAGAUGUCCAAAAUAAUAUUAUAGACGUUUGCGAGCAUAACAUAUUUAUUAAAAGGGAAAGCAAAAUUUCCGAGAAUUUGGCAAAUAAAUAACGUUUAUUUUA